ACAACGAGACCAACCCACUGCCCGGAAGAGCCUCGCCACAGGAGAUUUCCAGGAUUACCGGGAACACCGGGCUCUCUGCUAUCACCGGACAUGUAGUCUAGGUCUCAGGAACACCUUUACCUCCAGGACUCAUGUUUCUGUCUCUGACAGGCACUCAAAUCGUCCUACAAUCACCGGAAGCUGAAGUUUGACUAUCCCGACCGAGGGCACACAUCGACCGUGAACCGUGGCCUGGUAGCGGGUUAACACCGGGACAUGGACCGGUACCGGUACUUCAUCUUCAACCAGAGGAGCGUGCUGGUCCUCGGGAUCCUCCAGAUAGCCUGUUCAGGUCUCUGUGUGGUCUGUGGGUUCAUGGACGCGGUUUUCCGCAAAGACACGGCUCUGAGCACGACCAGGACCCCGUUGUGGGGGGGGCUGGUCAUGGCCUCUCCCGGUGUUCUGGCGCUCUUUGCCUCCCAAAGAAAAAACUCCCUCCUGGUGAGCGUGAUGGUGGCAGCAGCGGGACUGUCCUGUGCGGCUGCAGCGCUGAUUUUCGGUUACUCCUGUCUGACGCUCACCUACGGCGAGGAGGACGAGGACGUGUUCCACCGCCAUCGCAGUCCUGAAGUGACGUUUGUGCUUCAUCGGAUGGUGAAAGGAGCCAACGCCACCAUCCUCCUGGCGUGUACCAUCAGCCUGCUUCUGUCCUCUUUCAUCGGCUACGUGGGCUUCCGGAGUCUUCCCUGCUGUGGCUGCUAUGACGCCAGAACUGGCCUGGAGACCCUGGUUCCUCAUUGUGACCCCGGGGAUACUGAGAUGGUCUGUACUUGGCGAGCAGGGGGCGAUGAUAGACUCUUCAACUCUCCAGCUCAGUCUGCAGACCCGCCCAACACAGAAGAAGAGGAAGCCCCCUCCAAACUGCCUCCAUACAGCAGACUGACCUAAUUACAGAGAGUAUUCCAGGUCUGGAUUUAUCCAAGUGGUCUUUUAUCAGGGACGUUAAUUCACUCAUUCAUUCAAUAAAAGCUUUUUCAUUCA